UCAGCUCGAGCGCUACUGCUGCUGUGUGUUUAGAGGGAAAGAAACAGCAGGCCCGAAAAAUACACACAUUAUUGAACAAAAAAGAAAUUAUCCACUGCGAACAGUUUUUGAGAAUUCAUCGAGGUAUGACCUGGAAACGAAUUUUGCAUUUGCACCCUGCGAGAUGUAGAAUGGAGGAAUGCUUGUGAAAGGCAACUUUAGCGGGGAUCAAAAGUUUCUGAAGACUGAACAUGCAAAAAAACAACCUUCACUCCCAAGAAAGAUCACCUGUUGGAGCUUCUUCUCAGAUGUACAGUGACAUAUGCCCUGAGAACAACCCAUAUAUGUGAGAAAAUGUUCCAUGGCAAAGACCAGCUAAACAGCCACCUGCAAAACCAUGACCCCAACAAGCAGGAACUGCGGUGUGAGGAAUGCGGAAAGCAUUACAACACUCGCCUAGGUCUUAGACGCCACGUGGCCACGCAUGCCACUUCUGCCGGCAGCGAUCUCACCUGCAAGGUUUGUCGUCAGGCUUUCGAGAGCAUGCCUGCGCUGCUCGAACACCUGAGUACGCACACUGGACGGCCACCUCCGGGGACUGUGGUACGAGAACGAAAGCAUCAGUGUGAACGGUGUGGCCGGCGCUUUUUCACUCGCAAGGACGUCAGGCGGCACGCGGUGGUGCACACUGGGAGACGUGACUUCCUGUGUCCACGUUGCGCUCAGCGAUUCGGCCGUCGCGACCAUCUCACCCGACACCUAAAGAAGAGCCAUGCUCAAGAUUUGGAGAGCCUUCCUCCGAUUUCCAUUAAAGAGGAGCCCAGUCCUACUGUGUGCUCUGUCGGGUCUCCGAAAGAUGCCACAGAGGCAUUUUCCAUGGCCAUGUUUAACCCUCAAGGCCUUCCGAGCGCAUCUACCUCAGGGGUCAAUCAUCACCAUCACACGAUGGUGUCUGGCCCCCUUUCCAGCCCGAUGGGUGUGGGCUGCUACCUUGAGCCAAACAAGCCUCCGGCGCAGCAGUACCAGCAGGCUCCCAGAUAUCAGCCGAGCUCCACUACCUCAUAUCUGAAAGCGGAGAUGGAGAACUUCCUGACCGAACUCCAGUGCGGACCGAUGCCACCGCAGGCCGCCGUGGCCACUGCCGUCUCCCGGCCUGGCGACCUUCUCCCUGAGAGUCUGGGAGGCCAGAGUGCCCAUUUCACCCUCAGGAACUCGGCGUUCACCUCAGCCGAGCCACCUACCACCUCCGCCAACAUGGACCUCUCGCACCUGUUGGGCUUCCUGCCUUUCGGCCUGCCUCCCUACAGCACUCCCUUGGGAUACUCCACCACCACCACUGCAUCCCCAAGCCCUACCUCUCAGCUCUCUGGGCCACUUACCUCAUUUCAGCCACAGUCACUGCAUGAGCCUCAGGCUUCAGGGCACUUAAACCAGCUUUCUGGUUUCUCCCCAACUCUACCUCGAUUCCAUCAGGCCUUCCAGCAAUGAUGUCGCCUGUGUCCACUAUGAACUGCCGGUCAAACGCAACAGUUCUGUUGCGCCAUUGCCAAGUAAUGAACUGGAGAUGGUGAAGUUCGGUGGGUGCGAGGUCUUCAAAUGGAUCCCGUAGAAGUAGACGAAAGGAUCACUAGGAUAGAUGGAGUUUUGCUUUUAGAAUAGUUUUAACUUUGUGGUUUUUCCUAGAGGGUCUUCAGAGUAACUGUUUUUGUAGUGAUAAAUGAACUUAUAAACUUCAUUUAAAAAACUGAAACUGAAAAGUUAGCAAAAGAAAUACCUCAAUGUUUUUGUCAAGAAGGAAAAUAAUGCUAUUACAGUGUUCUCCGUUGUAUAAUGAAGCACUUUUUAUCAACGGCACUUCUGUGACUAAAGGUGCGGUCACAUUUAUUGUUCUGCGAAUUUUCGUCUGCAUGCGGAUGAAAAAUUUUCCUGUGCAAAUUUCACAACUGAUUCAGUUGGUCAUACAGAUUCACCACAUUGACCAACAGAAAUUUGCUUGGUUUGAAAGUGACUUCUGUGUGUGCUGUGCUUCAUACACUACCAGUCAAAAGUUUUUGAACAGUAAGAUUUUUAAUGUUUUUUUUUUUAACACCAACCCGCCUUUUUUUUUUUUUACCUAAAAUACAUCAAAAGCAGUAAUAUUGUAAAAUAUUUUUGCAAUUUAAAAUAACUGCUUUCUAUUUGAAUAUUUUAAAAUGUAUUCCUGUGAUUAAAGCUAAAUUUUAGCAUCAUUACUCCAGUCUUCAGUGUCACAUGAUCGUUCAGAAAUCAUUCUCAUAUGCUGAUUUGCUGUUUGAGAAACAUUUUUAUUAUUAUCAAUGUUUAAAACAGUUGAGUACAUUUUUCAGGAUUCUUUGAUGAAUAGAAAGAUCCAAAGAUUUAUUUUUUUGGGAAAGAAAUGCUUUUAUUUAGAACGUCUGAAUGAUAAAUGUUUUUGAGCAGCAAAUCAGAAUAUUAGAAUGAUUUCUGAACUAUCAUGUGACUGGAGUAAUAAUGCUAAAAAUUCAGCUUUGAAAUCACAAAAAUAAAUUACAUUUAAAAUAUAUACAAAUAGAAAGCAGUUGUUUUAAAUAGUAAAAAUAUUUUAAAACAUUAGUGCUUUUGCUGUACUUUGGAUCAAAUAAAUGCAGGCUUGGUGAGCAGAAGAGACUUAAAAAAAAAAAAAACUUUUGACUGGUUGUAUACAUCUAUAUUAUUUUUUUUAAUUUUUUUGUCCAUGAAAGUUCGCUGAAAAUGUGACCGCACCAUAAAAGUCAAGUUGAACUGUGGUCUUAGAUGUACCUCUCAGCUCACGGUCACACAACACAAAAAAACCUACCUCUCUAAGCUGAACUCUUGUCACGGAAAGGAUUCAACUGUUUGACUUUGACAAGAAAUGAAGCAAAUCCUCACGCAAAUUGCGUGAAGAACAUUAUCUCGUUUGUUUUUUUUGUUUUUGUUUUUUAUUUUUUUUUAGUUAUGAAUUUUUAGAGUCAGGUGAUUAAUUAGCUUUUAAUUAAUUAGCUUGUGUUGAUUUUAGCCUUUAGGUAAAAGUUUUAGGCACUGUUGUGUUUGCAUCCUUAAUGCUUAUGAAAAGAAUCACAGUUAUAGUGGAGAGUCCUCUCCUGUAAAUCCCAAUCUCUCUCUGUGAAUUAAAUGCAGAAUAAAGCAGUGAUUAUUCUGAAAUUGAAAAUCAUAAUGUUUAAAAUUAAGUAGCCCAUUUUGACAAAUUCCCAAUAUGGGAACUAAGUACAAUAUACAUUUUUUUGUUUAGUAAUAAACAAGAAUUGAUCAUAUUUGCGCCAUGCAUAUUCAUGUAAAAAGAAUCCUCGGUAAAAAAAAAAAAAAAAUGGUUGUACUGG